AUGGCGUUACUUUUAUGUUAUCGUGCAUUAAAUUAUUCUUGUUCCGCGCAAACCAUUUGCGUAACGUUAUUGCUUUUUUUAUAUAAUAAGUAUAAAGCGUAUUUAAUAAGUUUAUUUAUUAUUAUUAAUAUGCUAUUAUACCAAAUGCUUAUUAGUAGCUUUUUUAAUUUGGAAAGCUUAACGAUAAAGUUUAUAAUAACUUUUUGCUAUAUUUUAUUAAGCGCUAGCAGCGGUUAA